AUGGUUCAGCGAGGGGCCGUGUGCCAUGUUCAUGCAAGCAACGACUCUUCCGAUGAUGCUCCUGCUAUCCUCUCUGCUUUUGAUCGAUGCGGACAAGGCGGAACAGUUGUGUUACAGGACAAACUCUACCACGUAGAGUCGGUGAUGAACACCACUAACCUUCGGGAUGUUUUGGUCGAUCUCCGCGGGAUCAUGCUUUGGGGAACCAAUAUCACGUACUGGCGCGCAAAUGGGCUGCCAUUGGCAUACCAGAAUAUGACUACGGCGUGGAUGUUCGGAGGGGACAGAGUAAUUUUUCGAGGACAUGGGGUGGGGACGCUUGACGGUAACGGACAGCUUUGGUACGACUUUACCAACGGUGUAUCGAAUUUACCAGGUCGGCCUAUAAGCCUUAUGAUCACCAACACUACAAAUUCGCUCUUUUCGGGUAUCCGAUUUGUGCAAUCUCAGUUCUGGACUAUGGCCAUAAAAAACUCGGAAGAUGUUUUGCUGGAGGGUAUAUAUGUGAAUUCCACCAGCAACAGCUCGGCCCCAGCACGCAACACAGACGGUGUGGAUACGUUCUAUUCAAACCGGAUCACUUUUCGAAAUUGGACCGUUACUGGAGGAGACGAUAAUAUGUCCAUGAAAGCAAAUUCGACUAACAUUUUAAUCCAAGACUCGGUAUUCCAUGGUGGGUUGGGCGUUGCUAUUGGAUCUAUUGGGCAAUAUCCUGGUGUGUUCGAACGGAUAGAGAACGUUACCGCUGAAAGAGUAACGUGCCUUGGAACCCGAUACGCCGGCUACAUCAAGACGUGGACGGGCGUCCAGCAGGGUUAUCCGCCAAAUGGUGGAGGUGGCGGUCUCGGAUACGCCAGGAACAUCACGUUCCGGGACUUCAUCCUCCAAGACCUUACCGAUUCUGUAGCCUAUAUUACUCAGUGUACGUCGUUCUCUGGCGCUACGGGAGAAUGUGACACGUCAUUGUUCCAAAUUUCCGAUGUUACUUGGGCGUCUUCUGUGGGCAAUGUCGAUUCUGGGUAUCUGGCGAAGAUGCAAUGCAGCGGAGCCGCUCCGUGUACUGAGAUACAGUUGGACGGAUUUGACGGCAUAGCAACAACUGGUACUAGUCGCAUUAUCUCAUGUAGUAACGUUUUAGCUCCCAUAGGAUUUAAUUGUACGACAUGA